AUUUUUUUCGGCUUUUGUUUUGACUGCCGAUUGCUUUAAAAGUUUGGUUUGGUUUGUUUUUAUUAAGAAUGGCUGCUAAAAGCGAUGUUUUGUAUCAAGUAAAUUCAAAACCAAAACGCAAAUCAAAUGCUACACACAAGCCAGCUAAGGAAAUGAAGGAGGAUAACGGUGCCAGUGGCAAUCAAAUGGAUACUUUUCAACAACAGGCACUAGAGAUACGCGAACCAGGACCUGACUUCGAUCCGUCAGCACCACCACAAGAUGGCGAAGAAUAUCUCAUGCAUAUGUUGUACGAACGCCGAAAGUGUCCUGCCGUAAUUGCAAAGGAGCCGAAGAAGUGUAACAUGGAUAGAAUAGCUGCAGCAAUUGAGGAAAAUUUCAAGGAUGAGGAAGAGCCACUCAAAUCUAUACAGUGCCAAGUUCGGCUACCUACCAAGGAGUGGAAAGACUUGCAAUUGGAGAAUUUUGAAUCAUCACGUGAAAAGAUAGUACUUCUACGUUUAGAGCUGCACAGACACAAAUAUGAGCAAUCUUUGGAGCCGCCUUUAAUUAGUGAUCCACAAGCUUGGCGUCACUUCUGUCACGAAAAUCCGCCAUUAUUAAAAAUUAUAUUGCGUUUCAGUCAACAUACAUUAGAGCAGCUACUGGAAUAUAUUUGCGAUUGGCUGCGUUGCGGAGAAGAAAAAGAAAUUCUGCAAAAUACAUCCACCGAGGAACCAAUACCUUCAACAUCGAAUGCUGCCACCAAUGAAAAUUCAGAUGAAACUGAAUUGGAUCUUGUUGAUACUGAUGCAUGGAUAGGUACUUGGUUAUAUGCUACAUUGGCUUGUCUACAUAUACCCAUUGAACCAGAAGUGCAUAGUACUUUACGCGACAUAGCACGCGUUUGCAUACGACUACGCGGCCGAGUACCAAUAACGGCUGCAACUAAGGCGGUGCCUUAUAAUUUAUUUAUACAUUUGAUAUCAAAGGCAUUUGGGCAGUUGGACUUUGCGGAAUUUGUUUGUGAAGCCUAGCUGCAAAAAGCAGUCACUUAAUAAGCGAGUACAAUAAAUAACAUAUAUAUCAUCGUUUAAACAACAAAACAGCAGAAUGACGGACGAUAGGCGGCUUUGUAUUUUGAACGACGAUAUGACGAAAGUUCUAUACAUAGGACUUUUAUGCCGGAAGUGCAACGUCAAAAAAUUUUAUAUCCACAUUUCACUUUUCAUGUAAGCUAAAUAAAAAUUCCAUUUCAUAAUCUAUAUGA